GCCGCCCAUCAUUCAAAAUGCAAACCAAUGAGAAAUAGUGCGAGCGCUGGAACUGUACUCUCUCUCCCUCUCUCUCCUUCUGAAACAGCAUGGCUCAAGCACUCUGACCAACUCAGCUUGGAAGCGUACUGUUGUGGACUAUAUCUCACCACUGAACCUUGACUGCGCUUUGUGCAUUUCGUCCAGACAGGUAGUUUGGUCUCCUAAUCUGAAGACAGCGCUUCAGGACAUAAAUUCAGUCUGUGAACGUCAGGUCUGACCGCACACACAGAGCGCAGGUUUCCAUUCAGAUGUUGGAGAAUGAGGUGCCAGUGGACAUACGCUGCAGUUUUCAUUCACUCCAACUAACUACAUGCAGUGACCAACCGCGCUGAACACCUUCAUGCUAUUGGAAUGGGAGAUGAACACUCAAAGGACCUGAAAACUGUCUAAUUAUUUCUUACCUCGUGGGAAACUAACUCGCUCAAUCGCACGAAAGGAUGUGCUUGAGAUGAACGCAUUAUCAGGUCGGACUACUGACAGACAGCGAGCGCAUUAACCGGCUUCGUACUCUUUCUUCUAGUAAUUUACAUGUAAGUACUGCGAAUCUGUCAUUCCUCGCACUGCGGUGGUAUAGCUCAUCGUAUUUUGUACAGUAAAAGAAACAUAAGUUAAAGAGAAAAGAUUCCGCACGUGGGAUAUUCAAGAAAAACAGCGCAGUUCGUCAUCACCGGAUCGCUGUAUUGAAGGGGACUGCGAUUGAAACUUUCAGAAAUGCCGCAGGUGGAGAUGUUUUAUUUACUGUUUAGCAGCCUGUGGAUGUCUGUGUUGGGCCUGGAUCCGGCGUCUAAGGUUGUGGCGGAUCGCUACGCUGUCUUCUGGAACCGAACAAACCCAAGGUUCUACCGAGGAGACUACCACAUUGAUGUCUGCAUUAACGAUUAUUUGGACGUAUAUUGUCCGCACUACAUGGACACUGUCCCUGAGGAACGGACAGAGCGUUAUGUCCUCUACAUGGUCAAUUAUGACGGCUACAGCUCCUGUGACCACACGGCCAAAGGCUUCAAGCGCUGGGAGUGCAACCGACCUCACUCACCCAACGGGCCUCUAAAGUUCUCCGAGAAGUUUCAGCUUUUCACACCGUUCUCACUGGGUUUCGAAUUUCGGCCAGGCAGAGAAUACUACUAUAUCUCAUCUACACUGGCUGAAAAUGGGAGACGGAGCUGCUUGAGGCUGAAAGUUUUCGUCAGACCUACGAACAACUGCGAUAAAAGUCACGAUCGCGUCGACAAAUUCGAUGAUCGAAGCAUUAACUCUAUAGAAAAUAAUAAUGAUGGAACAAGUCACGAAUCUGCCGAGCCAUCCCGAAGUGACGUGAACAGCGCGGGACGUGUUCAGACUGUAGGGCCUUUGUUGGCUUCAGUUCUGGUGCUUCUUGCCUCUCUCUCAUCCUUAUAGCGUCCCAUACAGACCUGAAGAAUACAGGAGGACUCGUGAUCGAGCACUUUUAAGAAACAUUAGAGAUCCUUCUCUCGACUGAAAUGUAGUUUCUUGCUCUGGAAGAUGCACGCCGAUAUAACUAGAUGGUUUUCGAUGAAUACAAGUUCCCCAAAACCGUCUCUCGUAGACCCAUGAAAAAACAAGCAUACAAAAAUAGGUCUGUGUCCUCUCGGUGCCCCCAUGUGACGCUGGAGAGGGCCUUGUAAUUGGGGGCAGAGGAAGAAAAGGACUCUCUUUCACAAAGACCUCUUUCAGUGUUGCUGAAAUCUUCUAACAAGAGCGAGAGGACUAUCUGAGGGAUCUCUACAGGUGCAUUGUGGGUAAACGUCGUCACUAUGGACUCAACUGCUGACUCUACUAGAUAUCAAGGCACUUUGUUGCCUGAUAGCAUAAACCUCAUACAGAGGGAGAGCAGGGAGCUUUUUAAUAUCUCAACCAGAGUAGUCCGCACGGACUCAGGUGCUCAGGUGAACGGUGACAAUUUUUGAAGAGUUUUCGUAGAUUAAAGAAAAAGAAAAGCACUCGUUUUUUGUACAUUGUGUACAGGUGGGACUGAAACGCAGAUGUGGUGUUCUUGAAGUAAAAACGCUCAAGUGUAGCUGCCAAAAUCGAUGUUUUGUUAGGAGUACGAAGCCUCACGGAUCAGUGGUUUGAGUGAAUAUACUAAUUUGUUUGGUGAAUCAUCGUUUUUUCUUAUUUAUUGUUCAGUCUUAGUGCUCUUGACACUUUGUUUGUGAUAGUCAUCUGCCAUCAUUUGGGAGAAAGGAACACAACUUAGCUUCAGUCAACUUACAUUGGUUUAGAUGGCAACUUGUCAUUAGGAGUAACGUUUUAGCAAGUCGAUCCUUGAUACGUUAUCAGGGAGAAAAGUUAUAUUUUCAUAUCACGUCUGUCAGCGGUCAUAAUACUCCUAACAAUCUGGAGUCAUUCAGUUGUUUUAGAUUUUAUUUUUUAGAAAUCUCGUAACUUCAUCAUGUUCAGUCUUGGUCACUUUUGCGACGCUUCACAAAAAGUGAACUUAAUCCUGAAAAUCUAAUUUUGUUUUGUUUUGUUAAAUCAGAUCCACACUUUAUGUUGCUUGCUGUCAAAAAUGCCAUUAAAUAAAUACUGCUCUUUCAUAACCUCGAAAUAUAUAUCAACGAGACACUGUUUCGCUUAACUUUAUUUUAUUAUUUAUUUAGAGAGAGAAACAAGCCUCUAUUAGAAAUGUAUAAUAAUUAGGUUGUGAAUAUUUUUUAGUAAAAUGAAAAUCCUCUGAAAUAUCACCCACUUCGAAUGUUCUCAUUCAAUUGAAUGAGCGUUAUCAGUGGUUAUCAGCCGAUAGAUAUGGGCUAGUAGGGUCCCUCUGCUCCUUCUCUUGGGCUCAGAUGGCUGUUAUAAUCCAUCCACAUGGUUAAUCAUCUAUACUAAUAGAGAAAACUGCAGAUCCAGAUCAGCUUUUACAUUACUGUAAUGGUUGGGUUUGGGGUUGAUGUUAGGGUAGACCUUAAUAAUUACAAAUAAUGGGAAAUUUAACAAAUAAUAUAAAUAAUUAUUGUGGUUAUUCAUCUAUACUCUUAGAGAAGACUCCAGAUCUGCUUUUACAUUACUGUGACAGUUGGGUUUAGGGUUGGGGUAGAGGUAGACAUUAAUAAAAACAAUUAAUGGGGAUUUAAUAAAUAAUAUAAUAAUAAAUGAUAAUAAUAAUAUUUAUUUAUUAUAAUAAUAAAUAAAUAAUUUAAUAAAUAAUAUAUCUAGUUAACUUCUGGCCGCAGUUGUAUGUGAACUAUAGAUGAUUAACCAUGUGGGUGGAUAAUAACAGCCUUCAGAGCCUACUAGUAGUUGCAGAAAGCCCCUACCCUGCAGCCACAGGAUGUCAACAUGACUUCAUAUUGAUGUUGUACCUGUACACCAACGUCAUGGGGAUGUUAGAGUUUGUUUGUAAAUGAUUUUAGGUUGGACAUUGACAUUGGCCUGAUGUUGGGUUCUGACGUCAAACCGAUUUUCAACCUAAAAUUAUCCAAAUAUCAACGUCUGUUCAUGUUACACCUUGACAUUGUUUGGACGUUACCACUAUGACUAGUGGUAUCGUGGUAUACUAGUGGUAUACUAGUGGAUCUAUCAGACGUUGGAUUUUGGUCACUUUCCAACACAACCUAAAACGUAAUUUGACAUCGUUAUUGGACUUCAAAAUAAUUUUGUCCUUAGACUCUGGCUAGACAUUGAAUUUUGGUCAGCUGACGUCACUCCCUAAAUAUAACUUAAUUUUAAACAUCUUAUGAUGUUGUGUGCCUGUGCUCAGUACUGGCCCAUAUCUAUCAGUUGAUAACCACUGAUAACGCCCAUUCAGUCGAGUGAUAAUAUUGUCGAAUUGUCUGGAAAUAUCCAAAUAUUAAAGUAAAAUGUAAUGCAUUAAUGCUAUAAACACUGAAGCAUUUUACCGUUAUGCCUUCUUGCCUGUAAACAACACAAAUGUGUCUCCUAAAUGAACAAAACCAGAAGUUUAAAGUUCAUUAUUACAGAUGAGCAGAGGUAGGAAGUAGUUGAAAUUCAUUUUUGCAAUUGCUUCCUGUCUUUCUAGCCUAAAGUAAUCACAAUGAACAGCAUUAGCAUUUUAAUUGGGUCAACAAAAACUGCUAAUUUAUGUUUUUAAAAAAAAGAAACGUUUUUAAGGAUUCUUUUUCUUUCUAAGCAUGAACUGAAAGCAAUUAAAUUAUUUUCUUACAUCCUCGAAGCGAAUUCUCACACAGGCUUUUCUUUAAUUAACAUGAAUUGUGCUGUUUUUUAUUUAUUUAUUUUUUUAAACACAAAGUCGACCGCACUAAAAGCUCAUCUGAGAUGUCCUGAAACAGUAGCGGGACGCUGCUUCCACCCGGGUGGCAACUGACACCCUAACAUGAUUUAAUAGGCUCUUUGAUGUUGUCCAAAGUGCCUGGCACGCAGACCACAUACUGCGAGGCCUCAUGUGGGUUAUUUCUGGAAUUAAAAAAAUCGACAGCAGCACAGGAGGAGCGCGGUGUCCAGUUCAGCCGCAGGCUAGCGUUACUCCAGUGAACUUGGCCAGAGAUGGAGAAAGAUGAGAUCUCCUGCUGGGAUCAAUAGUAAUGGCCUUUACAGACACAAAAACAGGGUAAAUAUUUGCCCCGCUCCUUGUUCUCCUUGCUUGAAUGCUUUUCCUGUUUUCCAUUCACAUCUACGUGUCGACGUCUGUAUGGAUGCUGUGUAUCCGUAUGUUGUCUAGCAAAGCAUAUCAUGCAGUGAUUUGGAGCAUAAAAGAGAUGAGAUGAAGCCUUAACCUAGUCAAAUCAGAUAUGUUUGGUCAGACUACAUUUACUGAUUAAUUUGAUUACCUUAGAUUGUUUGGUAACCAUUAAAAAUAAGACAUUUAAAAUAGUAAUUACUUAUAAUAAUGUGCUUUGAAAGACAUCCUCAUUCUUUAAAAACCUCCUGUGGAACAUUUUAUGGCUCCACAAAGAAAUGCUGUCGUCCAUUUAUUGUCAUGGGAACAAACCUAGAAGGACAUUGUUGGGUUUAAUUCAGGAAGAGUUAUUUUUGUAAAUGGCCUGUAGUGUCUGUCUUUGUCCAUAUGCAACAUUUUACACGGAGGUCAAAGGAAUCUCAUUGAACGUCCUGGGUUUUUUCCACCACAAGGCAGUUGUGUUCCUGUGUUCUCUCCUCAUUUUGGUCCCGGUGUUAGACAUCAUUUCCUAAUUCUCUCCACACCUGCUUCUUCAUACAGCUGUGAAGACCAUGAUAUCUAAACCACCAUUUCCCUUCACUUCUUGGCUGUGUUGCCUGAAUAGUAGACAUUUGCUAUGACGUCGCCGACGGUGCAGCGCUGACUUGCAUUAUGAUAUGACACCUUUUUAUAUCUUCAAAUGCCAUUGUUUGUAAAUACACUUGCUGGAACAGCUCAAAUAAAUGAUUCAAUAAAUUUGUCAUUGUUGUAAGAA